CUUCAAAAUCAUACCAGAUACUCUUGAAGAGACCUUUACACAAGCGUAGAUCACCAGCGGUUUGCUGCCGCACAGAUUGCUCUGAGGUCAUGCGUAGUGACAUACACGCAGCUAAAAGGAAUAUUACACUAUCAGAAAGACGUUCAAAUUAGGAAAGAGGGCAGUGACCACGAAAAAGUUGUAGACGGAGUGGGACGAUAGUAUGGUACCUACCAUACUAUGGUCCCAUCUUUAUAGAUAUAAAGACGCACCCAUGUGAGACGCCAGAGAAACCAUCCCAUUCAUCACAUAAUAUCCUUAUAUUCGAUCUGAAUUCUCCAAAAUGAGGACUUCUUGGCUCUUGUUCGCCGUCGCGUUUUGCACGACCAGUUACUCUCAAGGCACCCAGCAAAUGCUUGGCUCACUCGAUCUUCUCGGAAACUCAUACAAGUGCGAGAAUGGUGUGAAACCGUCUUUCGAAUGUACCGAUAAUUCAGCACAGCCGAAUUGUAACUGUGCCUGCACUUGUUCCAACGGCCUACUCUUCAAUCGAACCCUAUCUGCGGUCCCUACGAGCGGCUCUCUACCUGGUUCCGAUACUUGCAAUGUAGACAGGGAUGAAUGUCUUCAACGCGAGGAAGACUACAAAAAUUCCCUGGCUGCACAAUCGACACUGAUCAACCAAAUGACGGCUGACCUCGACAACGAAAAACAGACUCAUUCGGUUGAUAUGGAGACCUUACAAUCUCAAUGCAACGCCCAGGAACAAACAUGUACCACCCGUCAGAACGAACUAGAGGCCCAGUUGAAAACCACUCAGCAAGCGCUCGAAGCAGCUCGCAAUAACCAGACUGCGAUUAUACAAGAAUGGAACAGCAAACCGUUUGCGUGGCAUGGCUGCUACCAGGAUAGCACCAAACGAGUGUUGUCUGAUGUCUAUGUGAAGGAUGACCAGAUGGACACUGGGAAAUGCUCGAGGAUCUGUUAUGGUUAUCGCUAUUAUGGUGUUGAGGCUGGUAAAGAGUGCUGGUGUGGAAACAACAUGAAUGGUAAUCCUGCUAGGUACGUUUGGACACAGUGCAACACCCAAUGUCCAGGUAACAAGGCAUUGUAUUGUGGAGCAGCUAUGAAGAUCGGGAUCUAUGCAAAGGCGGCAUAGGCACUACUAUUAGGUCCUAGGUCGUUACAUCCUAGGAUAAUUGAGCUUCAGGCAUAAAGACGCACAAAUCGCUUCCAAGCUACAAUAAUGAUGUCUCUCAAGUUUAGAGUCUGACAUGACGGGUUAUAAUCUCACAGGUUGCCAAAAAAUCGACGGCUGUUAUUAAAUAGG